GGAAGAACAAACCUGUACAAAAUAUUCUCGGCACGUCCUCAGUGUUACCCUCUAUAAUCAGAACAUGAUGUCUUUACUCUUCUUUAUUCUUCUACUCAGAUCUUCCAAUGAAGGAGGCCUUGAUCUGAUCCUGAUGCCUGGACUGGGGUUCGACAAACAUGGCAACAGAUUGGGAAGAGGGAAGGGUUACUAUGACACUUACCUGGAGCGUUGUCUUAAGCAUCCAAAGGGCAAACCCUACACAAUUGCCGUGGCCUUCAAGGAGCAGAUAUGUGAUCUGGUGCCUGUGACUGAAAGCGAUAAGCCAAUUGAUGAAGUAUUGUAUGAGACAUCGUAGAUGAGUUCUUUGGAUCCUGGUGAAUUGGACAGAAAGAUCAUUCUAAAUAAAGGACAGCAAUUAUCCAUGAACGCUGAAAAGAAUAAUCAUUUAUGAAGAGGAAAAUCAUUUAAUUUGACUUUCUGCUAAUCAGUGGCGAAGAACAUUGAUGACAACAAUUAUGAGAAAUAGAUUUUACCC